AUGGAUUAUAUUUCUAACGAGUGGAUACUAGAAAAUGCCCAUUUUUUUUCGCAAAAAAAGGUUGUUAUUAUCGCAGGUGCAGGAAUAUCUGUUUCCAGUGGUAUUCCCGACUUUAGAUCAAAAACUGGACUUUUUCAGGAUAUUAAAAAUAAAUACAAAAUAAAAGGCGAAGAAUUAUUCAGUUAUAAAUUUGGAAUUGAAUCACGUACUAGGAAAAUCUACCUUGAAUACAUUUGUAAUCUAAAAAGAUUAAUUAAUAACAGUAAUCCAUCGUAUACACAUAAAUUUUUUAAAUGGUAUGCACAGGUAACAUCUUUAAGAGUUUAUACACAAAAUAUUGAUAGUUUAGAAGAGAAAGGUGGAUUAACAAAAGAUAAUUUGGUUUAUCUACAUGGAAAUUUAAAAUAUCUAAGAUGUUUAUAUUGUGGUUCACAGUCUGAAUUUAAUAAUCCUACUGAUAUUUUAAAUUCUCCUAAAUGCACAAUUUGUGCUAAAUCUCAAAAUGAAAGAUUAAAAAAUAUUCCUAAAUAUUUACAUACAAAUAUUAUUCAUUAUCAUCAGGAUCAUCCAGAUUCUGAUUUAAUAUCUAAAUGUAUUAAAAAAGAUAGUAAUUUAGAUUUACUUAUAGUAGUAGGUACUAGUCUUAAUGUUUUUGGAGUAAAAAAUAUGGUAAAGUAUUUUAGUAAAUUUUGCAAGAAUCGAAUAUUUGUUAGUUUAAGUAAUUGCUCUUCUUCUAUGAAGAAAUAUUUUACACAUUUCUACAAAGGAACUUCAGAUGACUUUUUUAGACAUGUUAAAAAAUCAGUUGAAAAUUAUGAUUUAGAUAUUUCACUACAAGAUAUUUCUAUUCACGAAGAAAAUAUAGAAAAGAAAGUACUUGAUACAGAAAGUAGAAAACCAACAAAGAAAAAUAUUUUGAAGAAAAUGAAACGACUUUCGUUAACAAAAGAAGAUAUUGUCAACAAUUUUAUUGUUUUAAACAAUUCAAAGUUUAUUUGA